GGAGGAGGAGCACCGGGCCGAGCGGGGCGCGCGAGGUUUCGUAACGUGACAGACGGACGAGCAGAUGAACCGAGAAGCGCCGAGAUUCUGGAGGAAUUCGUUUCCUCACGCUGCGAACACGCGAGCGUCGGUUCUGGUGAAGCGCUGCACAGAACCGGGCUUCAGGAAUGUUGAUGUGAUAACGAGAUUAAAGCCCAGACCUUGUCUCUCUGCAGGAUCCUUCAGGACCGAAGGCAUCAAGGCGUCCGACGUCCUUCCGGUGCUGAAGGAGAAAGUCGCCUUCGUGUCAGGUGAGCCUCAGAGGUCCAAACAAACAGGACAUGUCCACGAUGAGACACAACACGUCAGAAAGGAGGCACAAAAUGACCAGAACACGACCCAGCUGGUUCUGGUUCUGGUUCUGGUUCUGCCCAGUGAGGACGUGUGUAAGCGCGGCUUCACCGUCAUCAUCGACAUGCGCGGCUCCAAGUGGGACCUGAUCAAGCCUCUGCUGAAGACGCUGCAGGAGUUCUUCCCGGCCGACAUCUGCGUCGCUCUCAUCAUCAAACCCGACAACUUCUGGCAGAAGCAGAAGACCAACUUUGGCAGCGCCAAGUUCUCCUUCGAGACCAGCAUGGUGUCGGUGGAGGGCCUGUCCAAGCUGGUGGACCCGUCCCAGCUGACGGACGACUUCGAGGGCUCCCUGGACUACAACCACGAGGAGUGGAUGGAGCUGCGGGUGUCUCUGGAGGAGUUCAUGUCCAACGCCGUCCACCUGCUGUCGCGACUGGAGGACCUGCAGGAGCUGCUGUCCAAGAAGGAGUUUCCUGCCGACGUGGAGGGAUCGAGGAGGCUCAUCGAGGAGCACACCCAGCUGAAGAAGAAGGUGCUGAAGGCUCCGGUGGAGGAGCUGGACCGGGAGGGCCAGAGGCUGCUGCAGUGCAUCCGGUCCAGCGACGGCUUUUCAGGGAGGAACUGCAUCUCAGGUUCCGCUGACUUCCAGAGCCUGGUGCCGAAGGUGGCCAGUCUGCUGGAUAAGCUCCACUCCACCCGGCAGCAUCUGCACCAGAUGUGGCACGUCAGGAAGCUGAAGCUGGACCAGUGCUUCCAGCUGCGCCUCUUCGAGCAGGACGCCGAGAAGAUGUUCGACUGGAUCAGCCACAACAAGGAGGUGUUCCUGCAGAGCCACACGGAGAUUGGCCGCGGCUACCAGCACGCCGUGGAGCUGCAGACGCAGCACAACCACUUCGCCAUGAACUCCAUGAACGCUUACGUCAACAUCAACCGGAUCAUGUCGGUGGCCGGGCGGCUGGCCGAGGCCGGACACUACGCCUCGGCGCAGAUCAAGCAGAUCUCAGGCCAGCUGGAUCAGGACUGGAAGAGCUUCGCCGCUGCACUGGACGAGCGCUCCACCAUCCUGGCCAUGUCGUCGGUGUUCCACCAGAAGGCUGAGCAGUUCCUGUCCGAGGUGGAGGCCUGGUGUAAGGUCUGCAGCGAGGGGGGGCUGCCCACGGAGAUGCAGGAGCUGGAGAUCGCCAUCCACCGACACCAGAGUCUGUACGAGCAGGUGACCCAGGCUUACACCGAGGUGAGUCAGGACGGUAAGGCGCUGCUGGACGUCCUGCAGAGACCUCUGAGUCCUGGAAACUCCGAGUCCCUCACGGCGACGGCCAACUACUCCAAGGCGGUCCACUGCAUCCUGGACGUGGUCCACGAGGUUCUGCACCACCAGCGGCGUCUGGAGAACAUCUGGCAGCACCGGAAGGUCCGACUGCACCAGAGGCUGCAGCUGUGUGUGUUCCAGCAGGACGUCCAGCAGGUGAUGGACUGGAUCGAGAACCACGGCGAGGCCUUCCUCAGCAAACACACCGGCGUGGGCAAGUCUCUGCACCGGGCCCGGGCCCUGCAGAAGAGGCACGACGACUUCGAGGACGUGGCUCAGAACACGUACACGAAUGCAGACAAGCUGCUGGAGGCGGCAGAACAACUGGCUCAAACCGGAGAAUGUGACCCAGAAGAAAUCUACAAAGCAGCGCGACACCUGGAGGUCCGGAUCCAGGACUUCGUCCGCCGGGUCGAGCACAGGAAGCUGCUGCUGGACAUGUCGGUGUCCUUCCACACUCACACCAAAGAGCUGUGGUCGUGGAUGGAGGAGCUGCAGAAACAGCUGCUGGACGACGUGUGCUGCGACUCGGUGGACUCGGUUCAGACUCUGAUCCAGCAGUUCCAGCAGCAGCAGACGGCCACGCUGGAGGCGACGCUCAACGUGAUCAAGGAAGGAGAGGAGUUGAUACAGCAGCUCAGAGAUGCGGCCAUGUCGACCAACAAGACGCCGCACUGCAGCUCCAUCGCUCACAUCCAGGGGGUGCUGCAGCAGCUGGACGAGGCGCAGGGCCAGAUGGAGGAGCUGUUCCACGAGCGCAAGAUCAAGCUGGACAUCUUCCUGCAGCUGCGCAUCUUCGAGCAGUACACCAUCGAGACAGUUUUGUGCAUCGAGCUGACCGGGGAGAAGGACAUGGAUCUGGCCUCCCAGGUCCAGGAGCUGCUGGAGUUCCUCCACGAGAAGCAGCAGGAGGUGGAGCUGAGCGCUCAGCACACCCACGGCCGGCUGGAGCAGAGCCUGCAGCUGCGCCACCUGCAGGCCGAAGUCAAACAGGUGCUGGGUUGGAUCCGUAACGGCGAGUCGAUGCUCAACGCCAGCAUGGUGAACGCCAGCUCGCUGUCGGAGGCCGAGCAGCUGCAGAAGGAGCACGAGCAGUUCCAGAUGGCCAUCGAGGUGACUCACCCGCUUCCUGGUUCUGGCCGGGUCACGGCCGAGCUGGACGCCUGGAACGAGGACCUUUCCCGUCAGCUGAGCGACGCCGGCCGUUCGGGCGGCGGUGGUAGCGGUAGCGGCGGGAGCGGCGGCGCCUCCUCUGGCGGCUCGGAGGACAUCGGCCUGGCGGAGCAGCGGCUGAAGCGUCACGCCGAGAGGAAGGCGGCCAUGAACAACAUGACGUACGAAGUGAUGCAGCAGGGCCAGGACCUGCACCAGUACAUCAUGGAGGUCCAGGCUUCAGCGAUCCUGAACGAGCUGCUGCAGCGGGAGAACCGGGUUCUGCACUUCUGGACCCUGAAGAAGCGCCGGCUGGACCAGUGCCAGCAGUACCUGGUGUUCGAGCGCAGCGCCAAGCAGGCGCUGGACUGGAUCCAGGAGACGGGUGAGGUGUACCUGGCCACGCACACGGCGCCCGGCGACAGCAGCGAGGAGACGCAGCAGCUGCUCAGCGACUGCCAUCACUUCAGACUCACGGCCAAGCAAACCAAGGAGAAGGUGAAGCUGCUGAUCCAGCUGGCCGACAACCUGGUGGAGAAAGGCCACGCCCACGUGUCGGAGCUGAAGCGCUGGGUCAGCACCGUGGACCGCCGGUACCGGGACUUCUCCGUCCGCAUGGCCAAGUACCAGGAGAGCCUGGAGAGGAGCCUGGGGGUCAGCUCAGAGGACAACAAGGACCUGGAGCUGGACAUCAUCCCGGCCAGCCUGAGCGACGACCCCGAGGUCAAGCUGCGAGACCCGAACCACGAGAUCAACGAGGAGAAGAGGAAGUCGGCCCGGAAGAAGGAGUUCAUCAUGGCCGAGCUGCUGCAGACGGAGAAGACCUACGUCAGAGAUCUGCACGAGUGUCUGGAGACGUACCUGUUUGAGAUGACGAGCGGCGUGGAGGAGGUCCCGGCCGGCAUCGCCAACAAGGAGCACGUGGUCUUCGGCAACAUGCAGGAGAUCUACGACUUCCACAACAAGUGUUUGGGGAACGUUCGUAAGCUGCAGCUACUGAAGACUGUGUGCAGCGUGCUGGAGAGCCUGGAGCAGGAGUACCGGCGCGACGAGGACUGGUGCAGCAGUCUGGACAAGCUGGGAGCUGCAGCCGACAGCGAGCACCUCCUGCCUCUGAUCAGCAAACACCUGGAGCAGAAGGAGGCCUUCCUCAAGGCCUGCACUCUGGCUCGCAGGAACGCCGAGGUGUUCCUGAAGUACAUCCACCGGAACAACGUGAGCAUGCAGGGAGCGGCCGGACACACCAGAGGCCCGGAGCAGCAGGUCAAAGGUCAGUGGGACGGUCCGGGUCGGACCUCAGAGUCCUGGACGUCCAGUCCUGCAGCUCCUCAGUCUGCUUCUCUGUUUCACGCCAACUCCCUGCAGAAGACCCACCAGAGCGCCCUGCAGGUCCAGCAGAAGGCCGAGAUGAUGCUGCAGGCGGGCCACUACGACCCGGAGGCCAUCCGGAGCUGUGCAGAGAAGGUGGCCGUCCACUGGCAGCAGCUGAUGCUGAAGAUGGAGGAUCGUCUGAAGCUGGUCAACGCGUCCGUCGCCUUUUACAAGACGUCCGAGCAGGUGGAGCCUCACGGGAAGCAGAACGUCCUCGUUUCCAGGGAGGGAGGUGAGGACGGGGACAGCCAGGGAGACGGCAGCAGCCAGCCGGACACCAUCUCCAUCGCCUCCAGGACGUCCCAGAACACCGUGGACAGCGACAAGGUAGGAAACGUUUCUAAAGAAGUGGAACCAGCUGACGGAGACGAGCUGAUGAAGUGCAGCUGUUCAGAGCUACAGGGUUUCCUCCAGAAUCGACCAGAAUCAGGGGCUGCUCAUGAACCCGGCUCUACCGCCUCCCUGCGUGUUCUGGUGGGGUUCUGGUGGAUCACCCUGGUGUCCCUCCUCGGAGCGUCUGCCGGUCAUAUGACUGAGCGGCGCUCGGUGGAGCUGCAGCACAAAGCUGGCUGUGUGCAGCGAGGGCGGGUCGGCUCUCAGAGGGAGUUGUCAGGAGGCAGAGCGGCAGCGAGCAGCGAGCAGACGGACGACAUGCCAAAGUGGAUGAGCUUCAAACUGUUCAAGGAGAGCAGCAGA